CGUAGAUUGCUCUCGCAAUAAUUUUUUCGAUUAGAUACGAACGCCUAUUUUACGUAUAUGUUACUCCAACUGUUAUCAGUACGUGAACAUAAAAACAUGUGAAAGAGAGAACAGUAGAUUUGCAUUCUUCGUUAUCUGAAAACUGAUUAUAUAUAAAAAAAAAAAAAAUGCGAAUCAUUUUAGUAAAAUUUCGUGAAGUAUCCCAAAAAUAUCCUAUUGUACGAGGUAUGGCAUCUUAUGCUAUUAUUUGGCCAACCGCAAGCUUAUUUCAGCAAAAAAUAACAGGUAGACCAGAAUUGAAUUAUACAGAAGCAUUAAGAUUUAGUUUGUAUGGUGGCUUUUUUGUAGCACCAACUUUAUAUUGUUGGUUAAGAUGCGCUUCACAUUUUUGGCCAAAAUCUGAUUUUAAAUCUGCAAUCACAAAAGCAUUGGUAGAACAAGUUACGUAUAGUCCGACUGCUAUGUGUUGCUUUUUCUUUGGAAUGAAUUUACUAGAACAAAAGUCUAUUUCAGAAUGUACUGAAGAAGUAAAACAGAAAUUCUGGCCAACUUACAAGGUCGGAGUAUGCAUAUGGCCUAUUUUACAAACUAUUAACUUUGUAUUAAUUCCAGAACAUAAUCGUGUAGUUUAUGUAAGUGUUUGCAGUUUCAUCUGGACGUCUUUUCUUGCAUAUAUGAAAGCGCUUCAAGCCAAGCGAGAACAACAAAAAAUGCCAAAUGAUAGUACGAAUAAAAAGGAAUUUUUAGAAAGCACGCAUAAUGCAAAAUCUAUGAUUCAAUCGGUUGAAAAAAGUAAAUCAAGUUCUUUAUGAUGUAAAUUUGGUAGUAAAUUUUACGAUAUUAGCUCAAUUUAUUUGUAUAAAUUUUAAUUUCCAUAUGCUUAUAUAAAAAAUUCCUGUUUAUAUUUUAUCAAUGUGAACACGUGAUAAUUAUGUAAAAGCAAAUGGAAAAAUUAUUAUCAAAGUAGAGUUUCGAACUCAAGAUUCCAUUAAAUAUUUAUACAAAUGUAUAGGAUAUCAUAUUAUCACGCUAACAUAAAGCUAGUCAUUUUAAUAAAUGUUAGCGUUUAUAUGAGACAAAACAUUUCCGUAUUUUUGGAAGAAAAUAUAAUAACCGUAUUUAAUAAUUAAAAUAGAAAAUUAUAUAGAAAGUUAUUAAUAUAAGUUAAAAGAUAUAAAAGAGAUACAUUGAAUGAUCUCAUAAAUUGAAAGUAUACGAAGGUGUUCAUAAUGUUUAAAAAAUCAAUUAAUAUUUAAAUGUGAUUGACAAUAAAUUGUAUAAAACCCUGUAUAAAUGGAUAAAAUAUAUUAAACUUAUUGAA